GAAAAACGAUGGGAUGAUUCUUGUCAUGCCUGUCAUAUACACAAUGGUGUCUCUCUAAAAAAAAAACUCUCCGCGAAAAAGUUAAUUUGAGGAAAAGCUGUGUGGAAAUUUGUAAUUCAAGUUGAGCUCGAGAUGGCUGCUGUGAAUGAUUGUUUUUCCAUUGGCAGUACAGUUGUGUGCACGACGUGUUUUAAUCAAAAUAUUGAGGGUGAAGUCUUGGCGUUCGACCAGAGUACCAAGAUCUUGAUUUUGAAAUGUCCAGCAGCGAGUGGUACUGUGAAGCAGCACGAUGUCUUUAUGGUGAAUCUGAACUUGUGCGGAGAUGUGCAAGUGAAGAAGGAAGUUAGUACAAAACCUGAUCCUCCACAGUCACUUAAUCUUCAACGAUUGACCACUCGAUUGAGGAAUACUCUGGAGCAGAAGAAGCGACUGGUGACAGCUCUGGCAGCUGGUGUGAGUCCCGAUGGUCAGAAACUCUUCAUAGCGAUUUCAAAGACAAUUGAUCAGGUUACGUGGUCCGGUCCCAAUAUAAUUGUCUUCAAUGAUGUUACUAUAUCACCUCCAUACAAAGUAGACAAUGUCGCCGGGAAUCCAGACUCCAAGCAACUGACUUAUGUGAAGAAAAUCGUGGAAAAAUACCUAACGGAUUCAGCAGCCACAUCAUCAGCUACCAAUAAUCAAGGAAUACCCGCAGUAUCAGCAAAUUAAUUUAAAUUAUGAUUUAAAGAAUGAAAGAAGGAAGAAAUUGAGAAGGAAAGAGGAUAAGAGAAUAUAUUUAUAUUGGAGCCACUGACAACAGAUAAAAAAAAAACUAAAUGAUGAAUUGGUCAAAAAUUGUAAAAAAAAACUAUUUGAUUGCGUCAGUAUCAAUAUCCUAAAAUUUACCAUUUUCACCCCUUUUUCAUUUUCCCUAGAACAAUCAUUUUUAUCCAAUUUUCUUUGAAAGAAUAAAGUAUAAAAAAAAGAAUCAAAUUGUAGAAAGGAAAACAAAAAACCUUACCUAUUUUCUUUGUCCUCUCCCAAAGUUUUUGGUAAUACACAAAUCCUCUUUGAAAAUUUCUUUUAAAUCGAAAUUUCAACAAGCAAAAAAUCGCGUUGAUUCCUUGUGAUUUUUUUUCUCAAACCUUUUUUUUCGUAAAGAAAUUUCCAUCAAUAAAUAAUUUACCUUAAAAAAAAAGAAACAUAAA